GGGAGGGCAGUCAUUAGCAGAAGCUCUGUAUAUGUGCAUUCUGCUAUUUGCCACAUGUCUACAAGGGAAUUUCUUAAGUGCAAAGAAACCUGUGAACUGCUGGAAUAUUAUAAGUCUUUCCUUGAGAUGUCAGCCAAGAGCUUCAGUAUAGUCACAGUCGCUACUGUGCUGAUUUUCUUCCUAAAGAUACAGCUCUCAAUCCAAGCGCCGCUGAAUGGGUCCAAAUGGUCUUAUAUUGGUCCUGAUGGAGAGGAGGCCUGGCCAAGGAAAUACCCAUUUUGUGGAGGAGUAUUCCAAUCACCAAUUGAUUUCCACAAAGAUAUUCUCCAGUAUGAUUCUAAUCUCUUGCCUUUAGAAUUCAUAGGCUAUAAUGUACCCUCCACUGACCAGUUUACAUUGAUCAAUAAUGGCCAUUCAGUGAAAAUGUAUCUGUCACCUGCUAUGUCCAUCAGAAACCUCCCGUUUGAAUACACUGCAUCUCAGCUUCACCUGCACUGGGGAAACCGAAACAAGUCCGAAGGCUCUGAGCAUACCAUCAGUGGGAAGCAUUUUGCAGCAGAGCUGCAUAUUGUACAUUACAACUCUGAGAAAUAUGCAGAUAUAACAGCAGCAAUGGACAAAGCAGACGGACUGGCUGUUUUAGCUGUUCUCCUCGAGAUUGGACCCUUCAACCCAUCCUAUGAAAAGAUCUUCAGGCACUUCUGGAAUGUGAAAUACAAGGAUCAGAAGGCCAUGGUCCCUGGUUUCAAUAUUCAAGAACUGCUUCCUGAGAGACUGGAUGAGUAUUAUCGCUAUGAAGGAUCCCUGACAACUCCUCCCUGCUACCCAAGCGUGCUCUGGACGGUUUUCCGACACCCCGUCACAAUUUCUCAAGAGCAGUUACUGGCACUGGAAACAGCCAUGUACUGCACAGAGAGUGAUGACCCAGAACCCCUGGAAAUGGUUGAUAACUUCAGAAACGUUCAGGAAUUCCAUGAAAGACUGGUUUUUAUCUCCUUCCAUGAAGGUUUUGUGGUUUCUGUUGUGAUAGUGUGCAUUCUUGGAGUUCUCAUCAUUCUUGCAGCAGCCUUCUGGCUACUCAAGAAGAAAAGCUGCAAAAUGGGAGGUGAAGACAACAGAGGAGUCAUCUACAAACCAGGCAUGUACAAGGAGGAAGAAGAUAUCUCCAAAAUUUAAUGCCCUACCCUGUCACAAAAGCCCCUUUUCAUUCAUGACACUGAUGGUUUUUGGAUUGGUGAAACACAUCUCUUGUUCUUGGCUAAUAAUAACCCUCAAGAGAGUUCUAAUAACACAUACCAGCUAAAAGUUUUCUGUAGCCCUUUCUGUUUUCCAGAAAGACAUGAUCGGUGAAUGUCCCUGAGCUGAAUUCCUCAUCACAUUCUUUUCAUGUCUGCUGCUUACUGAGUCUGGAUGUUUUAACUGAUUUUACAGUUAAUCCUAAAUUCCAGUUUUAUGGUUUGUUUAGCACAGGUUUUCACACAAGUAUUCAAACCUGAAGACAUUCAUAAUGCUACAAACACUCCUUCCUGCUAAAACAAGAUUGGUUUUAGCAGCAUGAAUAGAAACAAGAUAAAGGGAAAACAGUAUUUGACAUCAGGAUUUGAACUGUGUUGUUUGGCAGAUACAGUUUUGAAAAGCACAGGAUAUGAUGCCAGUGUAUUCACGAAUGGAAUUGUAAUAUUAGAGGAAAAGUGUAAAUGCAAUGAAAGCCACAUGGAUUAUUAAUGGGGUUCAAGCUGAGGAACUCAGUGCUGAGAAAACACUACUGCUAGAGAAACAGCUCACUUUCCAGCUAUUAAAGAACCUCACAAAUCUGUUAAGGAAGUCAGCCCCUCACUAUCACAGGAGUUAGAGAAGAUUGUCUUAUUAUCCUGCUUUUAUUUAUAGUCUGUAUAUGAAUGAUGUGAAGAUAAUGUAGUUGCUGCUGCUUUUAAGCAGACUUGUCAUUUAACCACAAAAUCCUAACAGAUUUUACAGUAUAAAUUACAGCUGCAAUUACACAGUAGACUUUUUUUCUGAUUUAGUUCUCUUACUAAUCUAAUUCCUAGAAAGAAAUCUAAAUUAUCUUUUCAAACCUCAUUAGCUAGAUACUCAGAGUUUCAUUAUGCAUUUUUGGAAGUGAGAAGAAUAAAUCUGGUUCCACUGCAGACAAUGUGGAAUGUCAUUGACUUCAGGAAGAAUAGGGUGUAUCCAGCCUAUUCCAAUGCAUACAGAAUUCCUCUUCAAUCUGACAUCUACAGUGCAGAUCUGAAAUGCUUGUACUUCAGUAUGCACACAGGAUUAUACCUGAAAUAAUUUCAGGUCUGAAUGCUGCUAAACACUACUGGGGAAAUUUCAAUCUGAACUUUACACUUAGAUCUCUUUUAUAUUCAAUUGUAGCACCACGUCUGUAAUUUUAAAGAAAUAAACUCUUAUGGUACGUGUUUUCUCCUUUCAAUAUGGCAGAUUCAGACUGUUUCAGCACAGAGUGCUUUAGAUUCUUCCUCUUCCAUCCCCAAGAAAACUGUGUGAUGUCAAAAGUAGGCUUUUGAGAGCAAGAAAAAAUAAUUUAUUAAUACUAACUGUACAUGAAAUUAAGGAGCACAAUCUUACAACUGAGUACAUUGUGUAUGCCAGCAAUUUUAUCCCACAUAAGCACAAUAAAGAUGAUCUUGUUGAAAUGUUUGAAAUUACUUUAAAAGCAGCAUUUGUGUGCUACAGGGAACAUAACUUACUCUUUGAAUAAAGGUGUUUAAAGACAAAAUGACAUAAUUCUUUGGUUUCUCUUGUUUCUUCUAGAAAAGUAACAUUUUACUGUGUAUUUGAAUCUUUACCUCAGUUGAUUAGAAACAUCCAUUAAUUACUCUGUUUUGCACGUAGCAUCCUUGAUACCUGUAAAAAGAAGCAUAAAGACCUCAGCCAAGCACUACAUGCUUACUGUUAGGAAAAUGUCAGAGUAUCAGCAAAAAUAUUAAACAUAUUACACCAUUGGGCAGAAAAUAUCUGCUUCAGAAUUGUUUCUUAAGCAAAACUGCAAACUGAAGAGGAAUUCACACAAAUAAUUUUCCUGCUACUCCCACUUAUAACACGCUCUAAUUGCAUAGAGGCCUUCUAUAAAAUCUAUGCUGCCUUUCAAAAUGCAAGCAUAUGGAAAUUAUUGUUUUUCUUUAAUAUUGUAUUAUCAGUUUGCACUGCCAGUGGUCCCUAAGCUGAAAGAAUCAAAGCCCAUAUGUGUUCUGGUCUCUGCAACCACUGUCAUUUAAUAAACCUAUUGAAGGAUCACAUUUUUUUAAUAGUUUCCAGCCGAUUUCUUUUGUCACUCUUACACACACAAUAUGUCCAAGAAAAACACCAGGCAUGAUCAGAAAGAAAGCUGUAGCUAACAUGCUACCACAAUUAAUUAAACCAAGUUUAAAAAAAAAAUCUCAAUUCACUUAUUUUUUAAAUGGAAUGACCCAUUUCUCACAUUCCAAUAGCAGACAUGAAGGCUAAAUAACCUGGGCCAGUACAGUGGAAGAACAAGAUGCCACAAGGCAUGUAAAGCUCUCCUUCCAUCUCCUGUGUGUGACAACACCCUCACAGCACGACUGUGUAAUCUCAGAGUAUUCACUUCCUGUCAGCAAAUACAAAUAUCCUCACAGAUGUGAAAAAUGUGAAAUGAUUCAUUCAUGUUCUUAUGGUUAAUGAAAAAUUGAAAACUAUAAAAACUAUAUAUAUAUGUGUGUGUUGUAUGAAAGUAUAAGUUUCAGGAUACCUUGUAACAUUUUGUUAAACCAAAUUAUGAAAAGGCAGGCACCACCCCAGAAGCUCACAUUCAGAAAUAGACAAAGGGUUUAUGGAAAACCGGCAGUGUCCUCAAUCCCUGGGAGGAGACCCAUCAAGAUAAGGCGGCAGGACCAUCAACACCCUCACCGAGCAUCGAGCAUCAUCAUCCACAUCUCAGACCAUCCAUCAGCCAUGAGGAUCUGUAGAAAUUGGACAUUAACAUAACUGAGAGAAAGAACUCUUUUCAGCCUAGCUGGAGACACCAUUGGAUUUGAAUAGCUAGCUGGGACACAAAGGGAAAUAUGAGGAAAUAUAGCCAAGGGCAGAAUAAAAUGUAUAAAAAAAAUAAGCCCCGAACUGGGCAAAUUUGUGAACCUAGGGGGAGACAGCAAACAGCCAGGUUCUGUGUCUCAAGGUUCAUCCUUGGCAUUUUAUCGGGAAAAAGACUGUCAAGUA